AUGGAUGCAAGUAUAAAAUUUGAUGACACUAUAUAUAGACCAAAGAAAUGUAAUCGAAAUACAUCAGCACCACCACAUAAUUCAAAAACAAUUAUUAAAUAUAUUGCACCACGUGUUAUUAAAGCUAAUCCUACAAACAAUGCUCAAGGACUUCAUCGUGGUACAGGUUGGUUAAAUGUUAGUUCACAUUUUUCAUCAGCAACAUCAACUCAUGGUCUUGCAUCACUUGUUCAAAAUCCAAAAUUUUCAACAAUAUCUAAAAUUCAUAGUAUUGAUGGUGAACGUAUUAUUGAUGAACAACGUGAAUUAUCAAGAGUAACUGAAACACUUGGUAAUACAAUAAUAAAAUAUUGUACUUUACAAGCACAUAAUGGUGUUCAUGAAUUACAAAUAAAAUGGCUUGAAAAACAUAUAAAAGAAGAUGGUGGAAUUAUUGAAAAAAUGUUUCAAACAGAAAUGGCCAGUGCAAAAAAAUUAAUUCAUGAAACUUUACAACAAAAACCUAAUUUAGAAGGAAAAUUAAAUGAAGCAGAUAAUACAACACAAGCACAUGAUAGACAAUAUCAACAAUUAUUAGCAAAACGAAAUACUUAUAGUAAAGGUUUAUUUGAUUUUGAACGUAAAAUAGCACAAAAUCAUGUGGAAUCACAAUUUCUUCAACGUCGUAUACGUCAUUUCGAUGAUGAAAAUAAAUUUUAUUUAUCAAGAAAUCAAAUUUUACAUGAUCGAAAAAUUCGUUUACGUUAUGAACUAGAUGAAGAAAUAUUUGCUCAACAUUCAUCACAAAUGGAACUACAAGUAUUAGAAAAUGAAAAAAUAACAAAAGAAGAUACUCAUAUAACAGCUCUUGAUGAUGUUAAAAAUUCCGUUAAUAUGUUAGAAAUAGCAAGUACUCAACCAUGGAAAUUUUAUGCUGAUCAAUUAAAUGAUGAAGUUCAACGUAUACGUACUGAAUAUGAAAACAAACUUGAUGUUUAUCGAGAAGAAUUACAUAGAAAUUUUGAACUUGAAUUAUAUCGUUUUCAAAUGUUUAAAUCAAAUACAGGUUCACUUAUAACCAAAGAACAUCUAAUGAAAUUAGAACAAUUGGAACGUGAAAAAAGAGAUAUUACACAACAAAUAGCCACUUUACAUGGAAAUAUUAGUGAAGUAGUUAUGAGAAUAAAAACAAUAGAAAAACAAGUAAUAUCUGAAAAACAUGAUUAUCAUACACAUUCAAAACAACAGUUAGAUACGCUUUAUCGAGUAAUACAAGAUCGUGAACGACACCUUGAUGAAGCUAUUCGUGAUCGAACAGCAUUUAAACACCAAAUUGAAAUUUAUAAAGAACGAGUUGAUCGUCAUUCAAGACAAAAAACAGAUAAUUAUUGUAAUCGACCACGAAGUGUUCAAGAAAUUUAUUCAUCAUCAAAAUCAAUGAAUGCAUCUAUUCUUAAAUCAAAAUCUCGAUCAUCAUUACAAGAAUUAAGAUGUGGAAGUAAUGAACCAAUACAUCCAUUAAUACCAUGUUUAUCACCAAGUAUUAGUCGAUCUACUUCUCCACAGCGUUCUAAACUUCCAUCACUUGCUCGAAUUGAAGAAUCAUGGGAUGAAGGUACAUUGACAAAAUUUGCUGAUUUCAAUAUUGAUCAAGAUUGUGAACAAUUAUAUAGAUUAUUAAAUGAUUCUAAUAUAGAUGAAAUAGCUGUUAUACAAGUACUUUGUAAUAGAAGUGUUGAUCAACGUUUAGAAAUUCGAGAUAAAUAUAAGCAUCUUUAUAAUCAAAAUCUUAAUGAUGCUCUUGAAAAAGUACCAGAUUAUACUUUAAGUAAACUUUUAAGAAUAUUAUUAUUAUCACCUGUUGAACGUGAUUGUUUGGAAUUAAGAAGAAUAUUAAAAAGACCAACUAUAGAUGAAAAUAUUCCUGCAGAAAUAUUCUUUAGCCGUUCAAAUAGACAUAUUCAAGCAAUACGAGAUCGUUAUAAAAGAUUAUACAAAAAUUCAAUUGAACAAGAUGUAGUUAAUGAUCGAGAUAGUCCUUCAAAAAAAAUAUUUCUUGCGUUAUUACAAUCUAAUCGUUCAGAAAAUAGUGAUAUUAAUGAUGAUGAAAUAUUAAGAGAUGCUCGAGAAUUAUGUGAAGGAGCAACAAACUGGAAAACAGAUGGAUCAAUAUUUAUUCGACUUCUAUGUACUCGCAGUAAUGCACAAUUGAAACGAAUAUUUGCAAGUUAUCAACAAUUUGGUAAAACUGAUAUUGAAGAAGCUACACAAGCUUAUACUGAUGGAGAUCUUUAUUGUACUCUUAUAGCUAUUGUUCGAAUUAUUCGAGAUCGACCACGAUUUUUUGCUUAUGGAUUGAAGAGAAGUCUUAAAGGUGCAACAACAAAUGAUGAUAAUCUCAAUCGUAUAAUUGUUACACGUUGUGAAGUUGAUAUGUUUCAAAUAAAAAAUGAAUUUGAAAAAAUUACAAAAAAACCACUUUAUGAUUCUAUUCAAAUGAAUACAAGUGGAAAUUAUAGACGGGCACUUCUAGAAUUAUUACGUCAUCGUAUUAAUCUCAAUAAUACAAACUUAAAAUCAGAAUGUUUAAAUCAACAAGUAGACAUGUUGAACAAUGAAAAUUCAAAACGAACAUCGAUGCAAUGGAAAGAACCAAUUCAUAGAAGUGAUCCAGAUAUAUUCGGUAAAUAUACAUUACCACGUAGUGUUAGUGAUCGUGCAAUGUACGAAAGAAGACCAUAUGAUUUUAAUCAAUCAUCGACUAAGCCUUUUCAAUGUCAAUUUGAUCAUACUAAUCAAGCAAAAAGUAAUAGUUUAUCGACAAUAAAUACAAAAUCAUCGAGAUCACCAUAUAUUGAUCGAUGUUCAUUUGUACCAAUGCCAACAACUGUUGAGAAUUAUCCACAAUCAGAUGGUGUAUACUAA